AUGACAAUCAAAGCUUCCGACAGACCUUAUGUGGUCACGAACACGGAUAAUUUCGCUGUGGUGGAACCCUACUGGUUGAAUUCCAAGGGGGCGUUUAUUUAUGUGGAUGAAAGGACGCCUUUGUACAUCGACCAAAACAAUUUGGAAGCCGAUCAGGUUUGCUUUAUUGCUCACGUUCAAGAUGCUUACGCCGGAAGAAACAGGGUUGUUCUUAAUUACACGAUUGGGGUGCAGGAAAAUGCCAAAGCUGCACAUUUGUUUGCCAUUGAUAACUUUUUGGGCAAACCUACGGGGCAUCCUAGUGAGAAAAUGAUAAGUGAGCCGAUUUGGACAACCUGGGCGAAAUAUAAGGCGGAGAUCAACGAUGAUGUUAUUCUGGAAUUCGCAAAUGAAAUCGUCGAGCAUGGAUAUGCCGGACAGCUAGAAAUUGAUGAUGAGUGGGAGAAAUGUUAUGGCCAUCAAGAUUUUAGUACCAUUAAAUUCCCAAAAAUUGAUGAGACUGUAAAAACUCUGCAUGAGAAGAACUUUAGAGUUACCCUUUGGCUUCAUCCUUUUGUAAAUGUGGGCUGUGGUCCAAAUGAUGAAGUUGGACUUGAAAAAGGUUAUUUCGUAAAGAACAAUAAAGGGAGUUCACAUGCAGCCUGGUGGAACGGUAAUGAUUCUCAUCAAAUUGAUUUUACUCAAGAAGAAGCCCGUAAAUGGUAUUCUGAUAGAGUCAGUAAAAUCAAAGACCAUGGAAUAGAUAGCUUUAAGUUUGACGCUGGAGAAUCUAAUUAUGCAGAUGCUCCCAACUUUUAUCCCAACGAAGACAUUGAAUUGGUACCAAACUGCAUUACAAGUAAUUAUAUAAGAACUGUUGCCAAAUUUGGUGAUUUGGUUGAAGUACGCUCCGCAUAUAAGUACAUGAAUUCACAAGAAAAAUUUUAA